ACUCCGCAUGUUUUCCCCUCGAUUCCUGGCGGAGGGCGCCAGCGGUGGUGAUGAUACCGGCCGCGGGGGUGGGACCGCCAGCGCCUGCCCCUCGGACCGAGUGACGCGAUCACCGAGCCGUGCGAUGAAACCGGCUGCCUCAAAGGCCGCCGAUGGCCCCGGCGGCGACGUAGACGCCAACGUGAACACCGAUUGGCGCGGCAGUGACCACGACGGCUGCGGCAGCAGCGACGGUUUUGACUCGGAUGCGUGCCCGACGCCCGAGUUGUCGUCGCCGUUGCGCUCCGCCACCGUUUCUGUCCGGGACCUGCAGGUUCUCACCCCGUCCGCUAUGGUCAACACCGCCGACGGCGGCGGCCACAGGGGCGGCAGCACCUACAACUACGACGACGACGACAACGACGAUUCGGAGCAAUGCCCGACCCCCGAGCUGUCCUCGCCGCUGCGCUCUGCGGGAAGCGCGGCGCUUUGCCGCCGGCGGCUCGAGGAGGCGGGCGGAGACGGCGGCCGCGGCGACGAUGAUGAGGUGGCCGGGGUAGGGGGCACCAGUGGGCCGCUGGAUUUCGUGUCGGAGGAGGAGUACGCCAGGGCGGGUGGUGUCCCAAGGUGCAACUCACCGCCGCGCUGGCUCAGCGUGGCGGUGAGGAUGCACAGACGGUGGUAG